AUUUUUGCAAUUUGUAAAGAGAAAGGAAUAGACAUUUGUCGAUAUAAUUGUCAAGGAGGCAAGGUUGCAAAAAAGCUGAUGUGCAGCAAACUGUCUUUUUCUUCUACUUUAGUUACACAUUAUCGUUGCAUUUCCCGAUCGAAGCAUACAAUGUAAGAUCGUUCAUGGAAUUGUGGUAUAUUCAAAUAAUUAGUUCUGUCUCAACUUGUCAUAGUACUCCGUCAUUGUACGUAUAAUAGCAAUUGAUUUAUGUUCACUUGAGUGGGGACGCACCGUGUGGGGAUACACUUGGAGAAAAUAUUCCUCACUUCCUUCUCAACUAAACUAUCGGAUAAAUGUGCAAAUACUGAUCUUUCUUUCCUCACGUUUUAAAAACCGCUGGCAAAUGAUAACUGCAAGUACUGUCAGUCCCGUAGUGAAAGUUGGCCUCCGAUGUCUUGGUAUUUGGCCGAAUGUUUCAUAUUCUAUUGUUCACUGGCUGAGUUUUAUGUCAAGCAUAUUAUUUGUGCAGUACUUCCAGUAUUUAUACAUUUUCGAACACUUAAGGAUCAGCGAGCUCUCGAAUCUCAUUGAUGGUUUGACUGUGACUUUAGAUUACAGUUUAUCGUUUUUUAAGUUGAUCGGCUUAUGGAUGCAUCGUCGAAUUUUUCAUAAAAUCCUGGCCGAUAUGGAUAACGAUUGGCGUGAGUGCAUCAAUAUCGAUCAGCAUUUAAAUAUGAUGACAAUCAAAACAAAUAUAUCGCAUUUUAUUUGUAAUGCUAUGUUCAGUUUUAAUGCGAUCGUUGCUGUUUUUUUCCUCUUAGGCGACUACAUAAUUCGUUUUGCAUUUCUAACCGAAGCUUACAACGUUACUUUACGACAGUUUCCUAUAAAGAUACAAUUUCCUUUUGAAACGCAACAAUCGCCCGUGUUUGAGUUCCUUCUUGUAUCAAUAUUUUUACAUGUGAUGUUACAUGUGUGCACGAUGUCUAUUAUAAAUGGAUUGAUUCUUACUUUGACUUACUUAAUGCUAGUGUUAAUUUUGGAAGAAUGA